AGCCGGGCUACGAGCGCGCGCUGACUCGAGAGCGAGAGAGAGGGCGAACGAGUGAGAGCGAGCGAGAGAGAGAGAGAACGAUCAACGUGUGAGAGUCUCAUCAUUUUAUGAAAUCGUCAUAAAAACUUUUUUAGUGAUUAACCAAAAUGGCGGAUGACGACGCAGCCCGUUGUCAGCCUGGUCUGAUCCUCCCCGUGUGGGAACCCCAGGACGGGCUAAACUGGACCGAUAGAGUUUUCCGGGGCGCUGUUUACUUUUUCUCGCUUUUCUAUUUGUUCCUCGGGGUUUCGAUAAUUUCUGACCGGUUCAUGGCUGCCAUCGAAGUGAUAACCUCCCAGGAACGCGAGGUGACCGUGAAGCGGAAGGGAGGUGCCGAUCAGAAAGUUGUGGUGAGAGUUUGGAAUGAAACUGUUGCCAACCUAACCCUCAUGGCGUUGGGUUCAUCCGCACCUGAAAUCCUGCUCUCCAUAAUUGAAAUCGGCGCGAAAAACUUCGAGGCCGGAGAUCUAGGGCCUGGUACCAUCGUGGGAUCUGCCGCUUACAAUCUGUUCGUAAUCAUCGCUCUAUGUGUGUCAGUUAUCCCCGACGGUGAAACCCGUCGAAUCAAACAUUUGCGCGUGUUCUUCGUCACUGCUACCUUCUCUGUGUUCGCCUACAUCUGGAUGUACGUCAUCUUAGCAGUCAUCAGUGUGGGGGUGGUGGAAGUCUGGGAAGGCCUCCUGACCUUUGCCUUCUUCCCGAUCACUGUCCUCCUAGCGUACGCGGCAGAUCGCAGGAUUAAAAUCCCCUACAAGAAGUUCAGGUUGAAUAGGAAUCGCGUGAUAGUAGCGGCUGAGAGUGCUGACAUCGAGAUGGGAUCUGACGAAGCGACGUUGGUGGAGGAGGUUAUCGACCCCAAACGACAAGAGUACGCCGCGGUACUGAGGGAACUCCGCAACCAGAACCCAUCGAAAUCCAUGGGGGAGCUGGAAGCGAUGGCUAAGGAACAGAUUGAACAGAGCGCUCACAAAAGCCGAGCGUUUUAUCGGAUCCAGGCUACUAGGAACAUCACAGGGGGUGGAAGUUUGUUGACCAGGGCUAGAGAGUCACCGGGUCCCGGCGCGGGGGAUGAACGUGGCCCCGACGCGGGUACAAGCUCGGAGGGGAGGGUGUAUUUCGAGCCGUGCUCCUACGCGGUGUUGGAGAACGUGGGGGAGUUGGAGGUGAGGGUGGUUAGAGAAGGGGGGGAUUUGGAGUAUAAGGUUCUAGUUGAUUACGCGACGGAGGACGGCACAGCUACAGCGGGCACUGAUUACGUGGGAGCGUCGGGGACGGUGGUUUUCGCCCCAGGGGACACAGAGCAGUACAUCAGGUUGCAGGUGAUAGACGACGAUGUGUUCGAGGAGGAGGAGUUCUUCUACGUGCACCUGACGAAGGUGCGCGUGCCGGGCCUGGCGUCGUCGGUGAGGGAUGCCGUGCGGCUGGGCAGUCCGCGAACGGCCAAAGUGUUGAUUCUGGACGAUGAUCAUUGUGGCGUGUUCGCGUUCCCCGACGCGUGUGUCGACGUGCCCGAGUCGCAGGGCGUCUAUGAGCUGCCCGUCGAGAGGACGAGUGGCGCCAGAGGGGAGAUCCGGCUGCCCUACUGGACGGUCGACGGCACCGCCAAGGCCGGCAAGGACUACCUCGAGGCCAGGGGAUAUGUCUGCUUCGACAACAAUGAGUCAAGAAAGACGAUACCCAUCGACCUGAUUCCUGAGCAUUGCUACGAGAAGAACGUGUCAUUCUACGUACAGUUGGGUCCUCCUGAGGAAGCUGGAUCAACACCAAACGAAGACUUACUGAAAAAAUCACCAGACGAAUUAACAUUAGACGAGAAAGUAGCACUAGAAGGGCGGCCUAAACUAGGCACUCUCUAUAAGAUUCAGGUCAACAUUAGGGAAAGUGACGAAUUCAAGAACACAGUUGAUAAGUUGAUAGAGAAGAGUGGAUCUUCAGCGCUAACCGUUUCAACGACAUCGUGGAAAGAACAGUUCACGGAAGCAGUAAGAGUAAAUGCAGGAGGAGAUGAUGAAGAAGGAGAGGGUGAUGAACCUAGUGAACCCUCUGUCUUUGAUUAUGUGAUGCACGUUCUUUCUGUAUUUUGGAAAGUAUUAUUUGCGUCAGUGCCACCCACAGAUAUUUGGUCAGGCUACUUGUGCUUUGUGUUGUCGAUAAUGUGGAUCGGCGUGCUGACUGCGUUCAUCGGAGACCUGGCCUCGCACUUCGGGUGCACCGUGGGGGUCAGGGACUCUGUCACCGCCAUCACCUUUGUGGCUCUCGGCACCAGUGUACCAGACACAUUCGCGAGCAAAGUGGCGGCCAUACAGGACAACACAGCUGACAACUCAGUGGGCAACGUGACUGGCAGUAAUGCGGUGAAUGUGUUCCUGGGCAUAGGCGUCGCCUGGUCCAUAGCCGCCAUCUACCAUUCCUUCCAUGGCAACCAGUUCCUAGUCAGCCCCGGAAACCUGGCGUUCUCAGUGACGCUGUUCUGCACAGAGGCGGUGGUGGCGAUUAUCAUCCUGCUGGUGCGGCGGUCCAAGUUCGUGGGCGGGGAGCUGGGCGGCCCUCGCAACUACAAGUACAUCACGUCGAUGCUCUUUUUCGGCCUCUGGCUCAUCUACAUCGUGCUCAGCACCCUCGAAGCCUACCACGUCAUCACCUUCUAAGCGGGUGGCGAGUCUAGCGAGGAAAUGGCUGGAUUGUCGGGAAAAGCAGCUGAGAAAUAAUUGUGAUGACAGCUGAAUAUGCGAUGAGAAAGCUGUGAGUGUGAGGCAAGCUGCAUGUUAAUAGAAAGAACAGUGUGAGAAAAGUGAUGAAAACAAGCUAAACUUGUGAAAAAAAAGUGUUGAAUUGUCAAGGAAAACAGCUGAGUAGGUUGAGGAAAAUGUUGAAUGAUAAGAACAGCUGAGAGUGUGAGAAAAGUGAUGGAUCAAAUAAAACUAUGAAACAGACUAAAUUUGUGAGAAAAGGUUGAAUUGUCAAGGAAAAGAGCUGACUAGGUUGAGGAAAGUGUUGAAAAACAGCUGAAUAUGAGAUAACUCUUGAAAUAUUGAUUGAAACAGUUGAAAGUUUGAAAAAAGUGUUGAAUGACAUGUUAUUAACAUACAAUAAAAAGUUUUAACUCAUAGAAUGUUGUUGAGUUUCUGAGAAACUACUGAAUAGUUGAGAUAGCUGGGGAAUAUAUUUAUUGUGAGAGAGAUGACGAGUGACUUAUUCAUGAUAGGAACAGCUGAAUUCUGAAGUGCUAUUGGCAACGGAAAUAUCUCAAUUAUUGAGAAAAUAAUAUAAGUGAAGGUGUCUUGUUAAUUUGUGUAUUUGAGAUGGUCUACAAUCUUCUAGGCAUAUAACAGUCAAAAUUUUAUAAGUUUGAACACAGUUGUCGGAUUUGAAUCUCCAAUUUGUGAAAAAAUUCUCAAAAGCUCAUGUAGUAGAGAAGAUAGCAUGGUAGUACAAUCCCACUUUAGUGGCUCAAAGUUGACAUUAUCAUAUAUUUAUUUUUUUGUUUUUGAGUAACGAGAACCUAAAUUUGGUUGUUACAUACAUUCACCAAAACCUGUAGUAGAGAGUGUAGAAGCCUAUUCUAGUCAGCUUAUAAAUCUCUUGAAGGGAUCUUUUCCAAUCUAAGUCUUUUCACUAAUCAUUUGUAAAACGUAAUCGACUAGUCAGUGUAAGUCCUACCGGGGAUUGGUAAAGCUAUAACAACCAAAACUAGUUUCUCUCCAUUCCAAUUGAUAUGUGGUUGAGACAACUUCAAAUCUUCUCAUAUUCUUCUCCAGCAUUAUUGAUCUCUUUUCAAAGAGAAGUGACCUCUAAUAAAGAAGUACUAACCUUCAUGCAACCUGAUGAUUUGAUAUUACCAUGAAUUAGAUCACAGUGUAAGAAUUCUUGUAGUUUUUGUGUUAUGAGCUGCUAAAAAGGCAAUGCCUAUAUAAUGCAGCUAGGACAUCACACCUCAGUAUAUGAACAACACACAAUAGCUGAAAAAUACUUGAAAUCUGAAUUGAUGAGAAAAGCAGCUGAAAACAUCUGAACCGUCGUGUAAAGGAGCGCUAAACCGUUGAGAAAUACAGCUGAAUGAUCGAGAAAAACAGCUAAAUCAGCAGCUGAAAAACAGCCAGCCAGUACGCCUUUUGUGUUCAGACUAGUGUGAACAGUUACAAGUGUGUGCUACUGUAAUUGUAUUAAUUUAAUUUUGUUAGAAAUGUUGUUUUGAAUAGAAAUUAAAUGUUGUGAUGGAUGUUGAGUGAUUGAAAUGAGUGAAUGUUGACUAAAUAGUUGAUUUAACGUUUAUUCGACUUGUUGAAUUGAGAGUUGAGCAACUAACUUGAUUUAUUAAGUGGUUGAUCAACCUUAUUACCAAACACUCCAGGUUGUUGAGCAAUUUUUGAGUGCUCACCAUUUGUCCGACUUCUCAUGUGUCCGACUUCCCAUUUGUUCGGACUAAUCACUAGUUUGCCAAAUAGUAGCGAUCAUUCUUUUGAUGGGCAAUCAAUUUGUCAAAAACAUAUUUCAGAGAGGCUAUGUGGUAUCGAAUUGACUCGAAACCCUUAAUUCAGUAAACAGUGUAGUUUUUUGGAAAAUUUUCAGUUCUCUGCAGAAUAUGAUGUCUAACUUACAUCAUUCUCAUUCUUUUUUUUGGUAAUAGAGUAGGUGUAAUGUUGAGAAAAUAGAUCUAUUCAUAUUAUAUGCUCCUUCAAACUCAAGAAUAAUUUGUUUUCUCAUCCAGUUUUUAGAUCUUCUUUAAAAAUUGAGUUCAAUGAUAUUACUAAGUCAGAAAAUAAUAUUUAAUCAUAAUGACAAAAAAUCAUAUUGUUCUCUUGUCAACCCAGAUCGAGCUGAAGGAUUUGAAAAUUUCAAUUGUCCCUUUAAUAAAAAAAUAUGUAUUAGAAUAUCAAUAAAUCAAAGCAAAAUUUAUUUAAAAAAUCAAAUUCAACUGACCAAACCAUACCGUCUGAUAAUAUACAGCCUGACUUGAUUUAAGAAAUGUUGUGAAACCCCUCUGUAAUAAAUAUUUAUCAAUUUAUUCAUUCACAAUGGAGACAACGGGUUUCCCCAAAUUUGUCUCUCAAAUAUAUGAACAUAGCGCCCAAUUGUGAUGUGUUGUUGUAUGAUUGAUGAAUGGUUAUGUUGAGAGAAAGAAUGCCUUCCUUCCCUGAUAGAUUAAUAAAUGAUUCAAACUCGUUCCACUUUUUGAUCAGUUCCAUCCAUAGAAUAUAGAAUGAGAUGAAGCAUAACUCCAAAAUAAUUAAAUCAAUUAUAAUUUGAGAUUUAAAUUAUUUCUUUGUCAAUUGUUGAUAGAAUCUAAAGUGAGUACAGUUAAAUUAGUACCGUAGGUGGAAGUUUUCACAUCGUUAUUAAAUUAUGAAGGUGUUUAAGAACUUGAGUUCAAAAAAAUGAUUGAUGAUUCAAUUUUUUAAAUAAAUAAUUGAAUUUUCGAGUAUUUUGAACUCUAUUUUCUUUUCUAUACUCUAUGGAUCUUGUUCAGUUUUGGAUUUGCAGGUGUGUUUUUCAAAGAAAGCGUUUGUAAAAUCCAAAGUCUUCCCUUUAGUAAAUGAAGUCUCCCAAUCAAGUAUUUUUUGUAUUUCGCUAAUGUGGCCAGUAGAAUAGUGUUUUUGGGAGUUACUCAUUAUUUUUCCAUUCAAAUUUGUGAGUAUAUAAAAUAAAAUUCAUGUCUCGUUCAACUUAAGUAGCCUAUGUACAAUUAUUAUAAAUAAUACAUGUACGUCCAAUCAUAAUAAGUAGUAUGCUAUCCAUGGUGAUUGACAGACAAUUGAUGAGGUCUCCAUUUAGAUCAACUCGGAAUUCGAGCCUCUCAUAACAUACCGGUAUCCUCUUAUAAUAAGCUACUUGCUUUCUUGUAAGCAAUGUACACAAAAACCGAACAAAAUAUUUGAAAUUUACGUUCAACAUCAAUUCUGUGAAGUAUCGCUUCAUUUCUCGAUCACUCGACUAUUGUUUAUUGAUCAAUAAUUGUGAAAAAAUAAAUUAGACAAAAUUAUAAUAAAAUAUUCUACUGUGAUGCUUUGUUUCUCCAGCUUAGAUUAUAGAUCAUGCGAAUUAUUGUUCUUCCUUUAGAAUGAGAGAAAAACAUUCAUACCUAUGCUUUUCAAGCUAAUAAUAUUAUAAUAUUACUGUAGUUAGUGGAAUCUAUUGGACAAAGUAUCAUCUCGGUUCAUACAUAUGUGAAGUGCAUGUUUGUGGACCAACACUUUUUAUACCUGACAUUAUUUCUUUCUUAGAUAGCAACUGCAUACAGUUGGGGAAUGAAUUGUUUAAAAAAUUUUGUUUCCUUCAUGAGUUUCUGUUGUUAUUUGAAAUGUACUUAUAUGAUAUUAUUUUAAAUUACUCCCCUAAGUGUGCCAUAAAUUUUCUUCCUCCAAGAAGUGUUUUGUAAUGACUAUAUGGGACGGAAUUUGGAGUCUAAGCUUUAAAUAUUGAAAUUUGUAAUUAUUUAGAAGCAAUUAUUAUCAAUCAUCGUUUUCAUAAUUAUCAUUAAAUGUAGGUGAGGUAGACAUCAUUUUACUAGAAGUUUUUGAAUUUUUGAAUAAAAUUUGAACAACAUUGAUAAAUUUAUUAAUAUCUAAUGAUGUAGGCUAUGUUGAUUGAUAUAAAAUUCAUUUUUCCACAAGAAUAAUGAUUGAUUACCGUACUUGUAUGAAUUGAUUUUUUCCUCUAUUUUGGAUAAUUAAAAAUCAAGAGAUGGUAAUUAUUGCAGUCGUUCAUCUCUUACAGUCUCAAAAUACUCAGACUUUAAUAUUGUAGACCUGAAUAGAACUAAAAGCCUGAUAUUUCACUUAAUUUGAAUUUGGAAGUGAUACUUACAACUGAAAAUUUGAAAUGAUAGCUUAAACCUUGAACUGAAAAAUAGUUUAACUGGAAACUGAUGAUGAACAACCAUGAGAAGAAUCAAGACUCCAAUCACUUAUAAACAUCAUCUAUUAUUAUCAAACAUACAUAUUCCAUUGCAAGGUUUCAAGAUAAUACUUCAAUUCCUUCAUAAAACUAGAACAAUUUAUUCAGUCAUGCUCCUGCUACCUAAAAUCUAUAUCCACUUUUUUCUGUAAACUGCUCUAAAAUUUAAUAAAAUUUAUUGAAAAAGCUAGCCCAUUGAUAGGUUCCUACCUUAUAAAAUUGAGAAUGGAAUAAUAUUCUUAUGUCCUUGAUUAGUAUUUCCUAUGUUUCCAUUUAAAAGGAGAUUGGUAUCUAGUAUCCACACUAGAAUGAUCAUCCCAAAGUUACUUAUUACAUUAUACUAUAUGAACAAUACGCUGAUCAUAAAUGCGACCAAAUGAAUACAAUUCAUGAUUAAACUUGAGAGGUUAGUCACAAUUUGAUACAACAUAAUAUUAGAAAACUGUUUAUUUAUCUAUACCUGUAAAAUGAAUAAGUAAUUUAGAAAAGAAAACUUGUUUAGAACUAUAUCCCUUAGUAAAACCGUAUACAUGUACACUAUAAAAUAUAUUCUACAUACCGUAAUUGUUCCAAAGAAUUCCUAUCUUCUAAAUAUCUUGUUAUUGAAGCACUAUAAUCUAUAUAAUUAUAUAUCUUUCUGGAAAGCCUUUUUCUUCUCUAUAAUGUUCUAUGUUCAAUUUGAAAUCUAUAAAAUUCAAUUUCAAUUUGAAACCUUAUGGUAUAUAAUGAAACUAUAUCACUAUUCCAUAUCAUCUACUUCCUAGUCAAAAUAUAAUCUUGAAUUCUAUUGACUUCAACAAACUAUUGCGAUUUUGAAAAAGUAUAAUAAAAUUAAGAAUUUAUGAAACACAAAAAUGUCCGUAAUGACAACGAAGUAUUCAACAACAAAGGAAAGAAAUUUUCUAGGAUAGAUUUCCCCAAAACAUAAAUGAUCAAUAAAUUAAACUAUAGGUCAGUUUCUGGUAGACAAAUUAAUAUGUUUUGUGUCAGGAUAUUUAUAUGAAUAGAUGGUAAGUUGUUGAUUAUAUAUAUUUUCUUCUACCUCAUAUUGAGGCACUCCAAGUCGAGAAUAGUAGAAAAUUUGAAGUUGAAAUAACAAUACAUAUUAUAUAUACGAUGAUUGUUUAUAUAUAAUAGACUUUGUUUCAACAAAUUUAUUACUAUAGCUUUGUAAAUAUAUUUACUACAAAAUAAAUAUAGUCAACGUAAUUUAAUUCGUUUCAAACGCUAGAAUCGUAAUGUAUUUGGAUAAAAUACACUGCCUUCGAACAUCAUGAGCGAUAAUGUAUUUUUAUAUAGGUACAAUUAUAAUCGCUUGAUAACUGUAAAAUUGCCAUUAAAAUUCGCCAUUAAUAACUGCAAAAUCGUUUAUGAAUUAUUAUGAAAUUGAAUUGUUGAAUGAGUAUAAUAAGACAUGCCAUGUAAAACUCAUAACCAUUAUCUCAAUGUAUUUUGGUGUAAAUAGAAAACAUUACCUAUCAGUAUACAAUAAUAUACCGUUGUAUUUCAAUUGGAUUCUAUAAUUAUAGAACUACGUUUCAAAUUUUUAUUAAAUAGGUGAAAUUGUACAUAAAUAUUAUAUUUUCAUUGUAAGAGUUUAUUUUAAUGCAUAUUUUGAAAAUAAAUUUAUUGAAUUUAUUGAAGAACA